AUGCGGUUCUCAACUUUCUCAACGGCCGUGCUUAGCUUCGCCUCCGUGGCUCACGGCCUGCCGGGACUGCUUCCCAAUAGCAAGCACUUCCGGAUCAAGACGCCCGCAGGCACCGAAAUGAGCGCCUUUGAGAACCAAGCCACGACGGUGACACUCGACUAUGUGACCAACUCGGGUGUGUGCGAGACGACGCCCGGUGUUAACCAGUAUUCGGGAUACAUCUCCAUCGGUAAAAACAUGAGCAUGUGGUUUUGGUUCUUCGAGGCUCGCAACGACCCGGAAAACGCGCCCAUGGCACUUUGGCUUAACGGCGGCCCUGGCUGCUCGUCCAUGGUCGGCCUCUUCCAGGAGAACGGCCCAUGCCACUUCGUCAACAAUGAGACGGAGCCCCGGCUCAACCCUCACUCGUGGAACGAGUACGCCAACAUGCUCUACGUUGACCAGCCCAUUGGCGCUGGCUUCAGCUUUGGCGAGUACAAUGCCAACUCGACCGUCCAGGCCGCUCCCUACGUGUGGCUCUUCCUGCAGGCCUUCUUCGAAAACUUCCAGCAAUACAGCUCGCGCGACUUUGGCCUCUUCACCGAGUCGUACGGCGGCCACUACGGGCCCGAGUUCGCCCGGUACUUCCUCCAGCAGAAUGACGCCAUCGCCAACGGCCGCGGCAUCGGCGAGGAGAUCAACAUGGUGGCCCUGGGCAUCAACAACGGUUGGAUCGACCCCAAGCGCCAGUUCAAGUCGUACGCCACCUACGCCAAUAACAACCCGUACAAGCAGAUCCUGGACGACGACACCAUCGGCCGCUUCAUCGACGCCUACGACAAGUACUGCGUGCCAGCCAUGGCUAACUGCACCGAGAUGGAGGGCCAGGAGGAGGCGUGCUCGAGCGCCGAUUACAUAUGCAACCAGCAGAUGUACUUUAACCUGCGCAUCGCCAGCAAGGUCGACUUCAACGUGUACGAUGUGCGCGUUGGCGAGGAUUCCGAGGAUCCGCCUGAGACGUAUACCGACUAUAUUACUCGUGCCGACAUUAUGAGGCGCAUUGGUGCGCGCACGCGCUUCGCCGAGUGCGAUGAGACGGUGUAUUCCGCCUUUGGUAAUUCAGGGGAUGAUGCUCGCUCGUUCGCGCCGUCUUUGGUCGACGUGAUACAACACAACAUCAGCACCCUGAUCUGGGCCGGCGACGCUGACUGGAUCUGCAACUGGGAGGGUAACCUGUGGGCGGCAGACGCCCUCGAGUGGUCCGGCCGCAAAGACUUCGCCGCCAAGUCGCUCCAGAACUACACUGUCAACGGCAAGGUGCACGGCCAGUACAAGGCCGUAGACAACCUCUCCUUCCUCCGAGUGUUCGAGGCCGGCCACGAGCUGCCGUACUAUCAACCAGAGACGGCACUUCAGGUGUUUAAGCAGAUGAUGCAGAAGAAGCCUUUGAAGUCGACAUGAAUGAGUAAUGACGGAGAGGGACUGUAUGAACAUUUGGGAGCAUAAUCGGU